AUGAUACAAUCUGAGAUACUACGUUGGGACUUGGGAUUUCCUUCGGUCAAGUCUUUUACGUUUGUCCUUUUUCGUUGCAAUAAAAUCUGUGGAGUUGCGGAUUUGUACACCACAGGUGCUUUUUCCUCCUGCUUCUUCUAUGCAUAUGCCUUAAUUGCCAAGGCUGCUUGGAAAAACAAAGGUUUGCACUUCUACAAAAACAAGGCUUCGAUAAACAGCCCCGAAGACACCACUUUCCCAAACCGGUACAGUGAAGACUGUUGCCAGAGGGAGGCUGUUGAAUGUUAUGCGUCCACGACUCGUGUCAGCAGACUUAUAUUUCACUACCAAAGGGAUCCAAGCUUGCUUGAACAUUGGUAUCCAAAUGCUACCCUAGUUGCUCAGUUUAAGGACUUGAAAGAACUUGAACUUCCAGGGAACAACAUUAAAGGAUUCACUUCACCUCAUGAUCUCUCUUACAAUCAAUUCAGUGGUUCCUUUCCUUCCUUACUAGUCCACAACCUUACAAGUAUUGAGUCACUCCAUUUGUCAAAUAAUCUAUCCAUUGGCAAGGUUUCAUUCUCCAUAUUUGCCAAUUUAUCAAGGCUUGGUCAACUUGACAUUUCAUACAUUGCCCACCUAGAACUGGAAACAGAGCCCCAGACUUGGUCCCCAUCUUUCAACAUGUAUGUGCUGAAGUUAGCUGGUUGUAACCUUCGAAAAUUUCCCAGCUUCCUCUCCACACAGAACAACCUGAAGUCCCUUGGUCUAUCAGACAAUUUUUCAGCUGGAACCAUUCCUUCUUGGGUGAUGCAUAAUACCACUUCACAAUUAUGGUUUAGCGGCAACAAUUUGAGUGAUCCUUUUCCUGAAAUCUUUCGUAACAUAAGCUCACAGCUUACUUCACUAGACGUCUCCUUCAAUAGCUUCCACGGGCCACUACCUGAAGAUAUCAACUUGAUUUUUCCAGAGUUGGUUUAUAUAUAUGCUAACAAUAAUGGUUUUAAUGGUCUCAUACCCCCAUCAUUCGUCCGACUAAAUCGACUCCUUUCUCUGGACUUAUCAAGCAACGAGUUAGAUGGAGAAAUUCCAUUCUUUGUGACAAGUAAUAUGAGUUCUCUUGAGAUAUUGCAUUUGCAUCAAAACAAGUUGAGAGGAUACGUACUUCCCAGAAAUUCAAGUUUACCAUAG